AUGAUGAGCACGAUCCUAAAAGCAACCGGAGUGGCUCUCCUCAGCAUCCUAUCUUAUGUUCAGGCAGAUCCUUCCGGUGCCUUCAAACGCUCGCAAAAGACUCCAUUCUUUGUUCUGGUGGGUGAUAGCACCACAGCUACUCAAUCCUCGAACGGUGGAGGAUGGGGGGAUGGCUUUCUCAACACCACCCUUUGGAAAGGAGCCUCGGGUCGCAAUUUCGGCCAUAAUGGUGCAACAACUGUCAGCUUUCGAGAAAGAGGUGACUGGGAUGAGGUUUUAGCGACCGUGAGACAAGUUCGAGACGACUAUCACCCAUUUGUGACGAUCCAAUUUGGACACAACGACCAAAAGCCGGCUGCAAACAUAUCAUUGGCACAAUACACCAGCAACCUUGAAAGAUUCGUGACUGAGGCUUCUGAUGCUGGCGCUACACCGAUUCUCGUCACUCCUCUGUCUCGGCGCAACUACCAUAACUCAACAGGGACACCGCGGAUUGUCAUGAGUCUCGCCAAUGAGACCAUAUCCACCAUCAUUGCUGCUCAUCGCUCACAUGCUGCCUAUAUUGACCUGAACAAAGCGAGCACCCAGUACCUCAAUGCAAUUGGACCAGAAAACGCUUUUACAUACAACCUCAAGCCAACAGACUAUACCCAUUUAAACUUGCCUGGGAGUACUCUGUUUGGGGGAAUUGUGGGCGAACUGAUUAUCCGGAAAUUUGACCAUUUGGAAAGGCUUGGAUAUCUGCGCGUUGAUGAUAAACUCAAGAAGGAUAUUGAUCGUGGGAUUUACUACUGGCCUUAG